UCUCAUUUCGUAAUCCAAAUCUUUCGUACCGCACCGAAUCCGAGCACGACUCCACUGAUCAAUCCCACGAUGUAUUCCGAUCCCGCCCAGGAGUCGGUGGCUACGCAAACGGAGGCCCAGCCGGUGGCGUCGCCCAUCUGCGUGCCGCUGCUGAUGGUGGACGAGGAUGGGCGGAAGCGGUACUGCUACCAUGGCGGCAAGUGCAAGUGCGCCACAUGCGCCAAGAUCCGGGCGGAGCAGGCGGUAAAACUGGACCGCGAGCUGUUGUCCUACAUACCCCACUCGAAACUGCACCUGGAGGUUCCGCUUCGGAUGGCCAAACCGAAGCAGUACCGCCUGGAGGCCCGACGAGCCGCUCCCGAGUUGGCCCAGUGGCUGCGGGACGACCACGAGAGGCUGAGGGCCGAGUACCCCAUGUACUACCUACCGGAUCGGUACUUCAGUGAGAAAUUGUUCGAGGUGCCAGGACCCCAGCACAAGGAGACCCAGACGGACAUCCCGAUUGGGCGCUACGGCAUAGAUGGCUGUCCCUGUCCCAACAAAUCGCUUUGCUACGACAUGUAAUCCUGGGCAGUUUUGGGUUAUUCAAUAGGGGACCAAUAAAAAUUUCGGGUUAGAAGAGUAAUUAGGUCAA